UGCGUGCGGGCCGGUGCGGAAUCGCUCCUUCAACUCCGCGGGGCAGGAGUUAGUUAGCAAAGAGCAGAGGCUGGGCGCUCGACCCUGGUCCUUCUGCCCCCGGCCGCAAGCUUUGCUCACAUCUCUCUCUGCAUGGUGGAUAUUAUUUUUCAUUAUCCUUUUCUGGGUGCUAUGGGGGAUCAUUCCAAGAAGAAGCCCGGGACGGCCAUGUGCGUGGGCUGCGGGAGUCAGAUCCACGACCAGUUUAUCCUUCGCGUGUCGCCCGACCUCGAGUGGCACGCCGCCUGCCUCAAGUGCGCCGAGUGCAGCCAGUACUUGGACGAGACGUGCACGUGCUUCGUGAGAGACGGGAAAACCUACUGCAAGCGGGACUACGUCAGGCUGUUCGGCAUCAAGUGUGCCCAGUGCCAGGUGGGCUUCAGCAGCAGUGACCUGGUGAUGCGGGCGCGGGACAGCGUGUACCACAUCGAGUGCUUCCGCUGCUCCGUGUGCAGCCGCCAGCUGCUCCCUGGAGACGAGUUCUCGCUGCGGGAGCAUGAGCUGCUCUGCCGAGCCGACCACGGCCUCCUUCUGGAGCGCGCUGCGGCCGGCAGCCCGCGCAGCCCCGGCCCGCUCCCUGGCGCCCGCGGCCUGCAUCUGCCAGACGCUGGGUCCGGACGACAGCCCUCACUGCGCACGCACGUGCACAAGCAGGCAGAGAAGACAACCCGGGUGCGGACUGUGCUCAACGAGAAGCAACUGCACACCCUGCGGACGUGCUACGCCGCCAACCCGCGGCCCGACGCUCUCAUGAAAGAGCAGCUGGUAGAGAUGACCGGUUUGAGCCCGCGGGUCAUCCGCGUGUGGUUUCAGAACAAGCGUUGUAAGGACAAGAAGAAGUCCAUUCUCAUGAAGCAGCUACAGCAGCAGCAACACAGCGACAAGGCGAGCCUCCAGGGACUGACUGGGACGCCUCUGGUGGCAGGCAGCCCCAUCCGCCAUGAGAACGCGGUGCAGGGCAGCGCAGUCGAGGUGCAGACGUACCAGCCUCCCUGGAAAGCACUCAGCGAGUUCGCACUCCAGAGCGACCUGGACCAACCCGCCUUUCAACAGCUGGUCUCCUUCUCCGAGUCAGGCUCCCUAGGCAAUUCCUCUGGUAGCGACGUGACCUCUCUGUCCUCGCAGCUCCCGGAUACCCCCAACAGUAUGGUACCUAGUCCGGUGGAGACGUGAGCGAGGACCCCUCCCUGCCAGCCCGCGGACCUCGCAUGCUCCCUGCAUGAGACUCACCCAUGCUCAGGCCAUUCCAGCUCUGAAAAAUCUCCGGCCCUUGUAAUUAUUGUUAUUUAAAGCGAGCG